AUGUUUACAGGAGGAGGCGCCGCUUCCGGCACUAAAUACAGAAUGACGUACGCUUGCCCAGUCGGUGCUGUUAUGAACUGCGCCGACAACACCGGGGCCAAGAACUUGUACGUCAUCUCUGUCAAACGUUGGGGCAGUCGCCAAAACCGUUUGCCGGCGGCGAACAUCGGUUCCAUGUUUAUGGGUACGGUGAAAAAAGGUAAACCAGAUUUGAGAAAGAAAGUGUUCCCGGCGAUUAUGAUUCGUCAAAGAAGACCGUUCAAGAGAAAGGAAGGUUUGAUGAUUUACUUUGAGGACAACGCGGGCGUCAUUGUGAACCCGAAGGGGGAAAUGAAGGGUUCGGCGAUUCAAGGACCGGUAGCCAAGGAGUGCGCGGACUUGUGGCCGCGUAUCGCGUCGGCGGCGAACAGCAUUGUUUAA